CAACUCCAAGGAAAUAAGAAAAAUAUAUCACACAUUGUCGCGUCAGAGGUAGGUGCUACAAUGAAUCAGGAGCCCAUAACCCAGGCGAGCAACUCCCAUACAAGGCCUAUGUCACGGCCUUUUUACGGACCAGUUUAUUUUUAGACACAUUUUAGGGCACUUUUUCCCGCGAAAAUAGAAUCUACACUAUGCCUAUGAGCGCAUUCGAAGCAUAAGAUAUCAAAAAGGAAAACUAAACGCUAAUAAAAGGCAAAAAAUAUCAUUUUUAGGUCUGUAGGUCUUGCUGUCUGGUUUUUGGAAUUCCAAAUUCGCGCCAAAGCCGUUCUAAAAAUAAGCUGGUCCGCGAAAACGCCGCGACGGUUGCUCGCUCCCGCUUAUGGGCUCCUAAACGAACUUAUGAACAUAAAAGAGAAGUGUCAUCCGCGCGCAGACGUAGAAACACAUACGAGGCUUCAAAGGCGCAUUAAUUAGGGUUUUCAUGUGGACCUCAUGUUAAGUAAUCCAGUGGAAUCUUCGAUUCUGAAUUCCACGAUGUGGAUUUCAUAUUCCAGGUACUGGAUUUCCGAUCACUGGUCAGUUGAUAUUGGAUUCCGGAUUCCAAUCAUUACGGAGUGGAAUUCCGGACCGGAAUCCAUAAGCUGGAUUCCGGAUUUUAAGGCCCAAGAUUCUGGAUUCCAAAAUUUCCCGAAUUCCGGAAUACAGAUUACCGUGUAUGGGGCGAUCAUUUAUACCUUAUGAUAAUUUGGCUGGUCUGUUGCACCUCAUAGAGACUUUUCGUGUUUUUAAACUACGAUGAUUAAAAUCAGAAAUAAAACACAAUCAGCGGUGAUAAACACUGUGAGCUUUUACAUUUUUAAAUAAACUUGACGUUUCGUAUACUAAUCAACAUCUGUUGCACCUCAUGUCAAUUGUCCUGUCCACUCGAAACAAGCGCCAGCAUUUUUUUAAAAUUCUUUAGGAAAAGUUAAUAUUAAACUUUUUAUUUUCAGAAUAAGACUUUAAGUCCACAGGGGCCUGUUGGGCCUGUUGGCCCUGCCGGACCUCCGGGAUACAAUGGUACCCAGGGUCCUCCCGGUGUUGCAGGGCCCUCAGGAUCUCCUGGAUCGUCAGGGUCUGGUAACCUUUCACGUUGUUCUUACAAUAAAAAAGCCGCCACUCCAGUAUCGGCCGGACAUGUUGCUUACUCAGACGUGAUAGUCUCGGAAGCAAAGGUACGCCUCCAGUUAUUCAUUUAAGGCCUGGUUCAGACGCCGCACUUUUCAUAUGCCGAAACUAAUUGAAUAAGUUCGACUUUGGAGCGACACUGGCGCGUCAAAAUUAAGUUCGACAAAAGUUCGACCGACUCUGUCGAACUUAAUGCUUUUGCCGCACCAAACUAAAACUGCCGUACCAAAUUGAUUCAGACGCCGCUCUUUUCCCGUACUUAAUCCAUCAGUUAGGUUCGGCACGUGAGUGGAGCGGCUUCUGAACCGGGCCUAAAAAGUCUUUCAGGGGUUGAAAAUCUAAUAUAUAAUUAACUUGACACAGGCUACUGUGAUAUGUAUCAAUACUGAUCUGGCGGUACUUAUGAUUUUCUUAACUGCUGAUGCUGUCCCAUGUCCUCAGAGGUCGAUGCAAUAUGGGCGGCACCAUUAACAGACUCAGUGAGUUUAUCUUUCGGUGUACAGACUGUAUGUUUUUGUAACUGGCUAUGAAUUAUAACUGAUGUGAUUGAGGCAUUUCAACAUACAGCUAUUUCAAAAAACGUUGUCGGAGUAAAAGCAAAAAGCCUCUAAGCAAAGACCGAAAGGUAAUAUGGGAUUUUUAUAAUGACCUGCUUCAGGUCCCAUAGGAGUUUUGCGGCCACUCAAGUAUGUCCCUGAGAAGAGUAUGGAACGUCGUUCUGUAAGUGAGAGUGCCAAACGUUGGACAACUCUUAAAACAGAGGGGGUUGGAGGGCCUUCAAACAUUAGGGAGCUUAAGAAAAUACAAUGGCGACAAAAGAGACCGUGAACAACAUAUAGGUUUGAAUUAACAAAACAACAACUUAAUUUGCACGUGUAUCACCCUUUUUUGUCCGUGGCCGUUAUUGCCCGACUACGGCUUGAAAUGUCUCAUGUUUCAUAGAGGAAGUGAACAGCGGACCACAAAUUUCUUUUCUUUUUUUUUUUACACAAAUUUCUUUUUUUUUUUUUUUUUCUUUUUUUUUUAACUUAAAACUAGUCCUUUAGAAUUCAUUUCCAGAGAAAUCGCUAUCGUUUAAAAAAAUGACCGAGGUGGAAUGAAGGCGAUGUGGUUGUCCAUACAUUCUCACAUGCUGGUGUAGUGCAAAAUAUUAGCUGCAGUAGACUUUGGCGAGCUUUAGUUAAUUCUUGAGUGAGGAACCAUUAUUCGGAAAAAAGUUUUUUUAUAAUGUUUUUUUACGCCGACUUCGUUACUACGUUAUGCAAAUUGAUAAAAUGUAAAAUUUAAUGUCAUUUUUCCUUGCGAAUUAGCUGACUGAAAAUUGCUUUCAAAGAUGGGAAUAAGCAAGAGUGAACUUCGACUGAAACGUAACGUUACCUUGUGCUUUUUUAAAAACUAAAAUGAGAAGUAUGGUUCAAAUGAAUCAGCGAUCAGUUUAGUGGAGUGAUAUACCAGCAAAAAGACGGAUUUGAAACAACCCACAUUACCUUGCGGUCUUGGCUUGAAGCCUUUUUCUUUUCUUCCGACAACGUUUUUUGAAAUAGCUGUAUCCCUUUGUUACAAGGGCACUUUAAUACUUAAAAUGUUUGAUUUUACAGGGUACGAAAAUACUUGGCGUCUACUGUGAUUCAAAUGACGCAGCAGUUCGUCAACUUUCUACUCGCGUUUACCAGGGUGUCAAAAUGUAUAUAUGUCAAUGUAAAUAUAGUGUAAAGCCUGGAGCCGUUACCAUGCAGUGUUACCUUCACUACUGGGAGUGUCCUACCUGA